CUAACCGCGUCCCGACCCCCGCGCCAGGCUCGGGCCGCCACUGAGUCGCCUGCGUCCGCGCACUGCUGCCCCGGCGCCGCCACGUGCGGGGGGCGGGAUGGAGACCAAGGGCGGCCACGCCCCCGCAGUGAAAGCUGGAGGGAUGCGCAUUGUCCAGAAGCAUCACAGCAGUGGAGAGCAUCUGAGCCAAGAGAGAGACAAAGAUGCCAAAGACUGGGAAUGUGACAGCCCCCCCAAGCAAACUCUGAUUAUAUCAGGAGCCAUAACAAGGGGUGACAAAGACUUCCCUCCAGCAGCGGCCCAGGUGGCACAUCAGAAACCACAGCCUUGCGUGGAAAAGCUACCCCCUCACCAUCACAUCAAUCAGCAUAUUCACCAGCCCCGCAAAUGACCCAUCUGGAAGCAGCAUCUGGGACUGAAAAGGGGAUGGGGAGCCAGGCCACACCUUGUGUUGGAGCUAGACAAGAGCUAGACAACAUCCCUUGUAUUUAGUGAUGCUUGAUUUGCCUUUAUUUUCAUUCCACCCCAGCCUCUCACCCUGACAUUUGGUUGCUGUUUAGAGCUUUUAAAAUAUAUAUUUUGAAAAAUAUUUGUGUGCUUUUAAACACAGUUUUAGGAGGAAGGGGCACUGGUAAGCUAAAACAGUUUGUGUGUUCCUGGGGCGUUAGACGUGGAUCCCAACACUUCAUUGCAAUUAAGGGUUUAUCUUAAGUUAUUGGUGCAGCUUGGAAUCGCUAUUUGGAAUUUAGAUGGUUGUGUAUAAAUACGGAGUCAACCCUCUUGCUUUUUAAAUGGAACAGGUUGACUUCAGGGGUCUCCAUGCAAUGGGAGUUAGAGGAUUUGUAUAUCUUAAGCAGUAGGAUGAUUUUGUGGAAGGGCUUGAUAUCAAACACUAAUGGGGAGAGGGGAAAUUAAAGGCACAUGAACUGCAUGCACAUGAGAUAGACAGUUGUCUUCUUUUGCUUCUCUGUGCUGACACCAGGUGACUUGUCAGAGCUGCCUAUUGAUAGGAAAGGCACCAGUAAACUGUGGUGGAGUGGUAGUUAGGUAGCAGUCCCACUAGCAGCAUGAACUGUUCCAGGCUCCACUAAACAGUGAGAUGACCAUGUGCUCUGAAAGAGAAUGUAGCUGUGUGGAAGGUUCUAAAAUGGGCUAAAUCCAUCCUGGACCUUGUUUUCUUUUUUCCUGAAGAAGUGGGGUAUAGAAAGCAUCUUUUGAAGCUAUAACCUGGGAUUGUUGUUAAGAGUUGUGGGCUCAUCAAGUUUUACAACUACAAUCUGAGCUUACUCAAAUCUUAGGGCCUUUCAGAUCCAGAUUAUCAGAGUCACCUUUGAGUAUCAGGGAGCUUGUUAAAGCAGGGUGUCUGUCUUUAGCUAGAGGCUAACUGGGUUCAGUGGGGUCCAUUAACAGCUGCUCUCUUGAUUUUAAUAGAGUGGCAUUUGCUUAGCUAGUUGGUGAAUUAAAAAAGCCUCGAUUUGUGUUCUAGAACAGUGUGGUGAUAUACCCUAUUGCUGUCCCUUAUAAUUAAACACUGUGAGCAGGCUUUGAAACUGGCCUGAUGCUUUAGCUGUAGGGAGACUCCAUUACUGACUUGUGUUGCUUUGUGAAAGCAAAAAUGAGCCUUAUUCUUUAGGCAUUAAGCCAUAAACUGCAUGGUAUGUUUUCUGUUGUCAUUUGGGGCUUUUUCUGUUUUGAUUCCUUCAUGCUGCCUCAUGACUGGACUUGCAGCAUUUUGUCAUGGGCACUUUGUCAUGAGAAAAUACUUCUGUUCUGUUUGGCCUUGUGUGAAUUCUUAACUGCCCGGAGAAGGCAGCCAGGGCAGUUUAGGAGACCAUGGGUCUUUCUGAAAACAGAACCUUUUAGAAGCUGCUUUUUAUUCUUGUAUUUGACCAAACCAAACAUGUGGCCCAGAGCUCUGACAGCAAACCCAAAUCUUGUCUGCAGUCAGGAAUUUUGCUGCAUCUACAGCUGCAUUUUGGGCAGCUUGUUCUUCAGACCUCGAAUCAUUUUCUCUUCACUGGCAUGGGCCACACAUAUACUUUCUGGUAGGCCUGUGCAAAGCGGCUAGUAUUCACUUUGGAUUAGGCCGAUUUGGGGGACAGUGAUUUGAUUUGGUGAUUCGAAUCACUGUCCUGAAUUGAAU